AUGAAGUUCUCGCUCUCGACUCUUCUCCUUCCCUUGGCGGGCGUUGCCAGCGCCUGGGAACAGCUUGAGAAGAAUGACACUCUUCUUGCCAUCAUCGACAUCCAGGUCGGCCUCUUCUCGCUUGUCCACGACUUCGACGCGGUCACGUACAAGAACGCGAUCAUGGCCCACGCGGACCUCGGCAGGGCUUUCGACCUGCCCGUUGUCAUCACGACCUCUGCCCAGACUGGCCCCAACGGUCCUACGUCGAGCGAGAUCCUGAAGAUGUACCCCGAGGUCAAGGUCGUCGAGCGCCAGGGCGAGAUCAACGCCUGGGACAACGCCGACUUCCGCGCGGCCGUUGAGAAGUCUGGCAAGAAGCAGAUCAUCAUUGCUGGCAUUGCGACCGAUGUUUGCACUGCCUUCCUCGCUCUCUCCCUCAAGGAUGCCGGUUACAGCGUCUGGGCCAACGCCGAGGCUUCCGGCACCACCACCACUUUCGUCCGGGACAUCUCCAACGACCAGAUGAGAGCCGCCGGUGUCAACGUCGUCUCCUGGUUCGCCAUUGCCACUGGCCUCCUCCGCGACUGGCGUGCCCCUGAGGGUCCCAAGAUGAUCCCCUUCUUCGACAAGUGGAUGCCCAGCUACGGUGCCGUUGUCCGCGCCCACCUCGGCGCCGUCGAGAACGGAACCAUGUUCCCUGGCGAGGAUGCUCUCUAA